CGGAGACUUUGUUUAGCCUUCUGGGCAAAAAAAAAAAAGAGAAAAAAAACGAUGUUCUCCGGAGCCAAUGGGAAGGCAGCAUCCACCCUAGGGAACUAUAAUUAAGUGUUUAACUAGAUUGGGCGCUGCCGAAGCGCUAGCAGUACAGCCGAGAGAAUUAGCAGCGAGGAGGGCUCUCUGAGGAUUUAUGCUGCUGGCGCUCAAGGAGAGACGAACCCCAUCCGCAGCCGACGGCUCAUCUUGACACGAACCGCUCCCCCCCGAAAGAGAGUCUCUUUUCUGGACGCUUGUCUGUCUGUUUUCAGGACGGGGGGCGACGCAUGAUGAGCGGACCGACCUAUGAGAAGAAACUAUCGAGCAUUUUGACCGACCUGCCGGGCUCUAUGACUUGUCACCCCGCGUCCAAAGACUCCCCUACGCUGCCGGAGUCCUCCGCCACGGACAUGGGUUACUACAGCGGGCAGACGACGCACAGCCAGCACGAGUACUACCAGAGCCAGGGCUACACCCAGCCCAUGAACCCUUACACGUACCACCAGUUCAACAUAAACGGCAUGGGGGGCGCGGGCGGCUACCCCACCAAAUCCGAAUACGCCUAUUCCAACUCCUACCGGCAAUACGGACAUUAUAACAGAGAGCUACAGACGCCACCCCAGGAUAUAGUCAAAGAGGAGCCCGAACCCGAGGUUCGGAUGGUGAACGGAAAACCGAAGAAGAUCCGCAAACCCCGCACCAUCUACUCCAGCUACCAGCUCGCCGCCCUCCAGCGCCGCUUCCAGAAGGCGCAGUACCUGGCCCUGCCGGAGCGGGCGGAGCUGGCCGCGCAGCUCGGCCUGACCCAGACUCAGGUGAAAAUCUGGUUUCAGAACCGAAGGUCCAAGUUCAAGAAGCUGUACAAGAACGGGGAGGUCCCCCUGGAACACAGCCCCAACGCCAGCGACUCGAUGGCCUGCAACUCCCCGCCCUCCCCCGCCGUCUGGGACAGUAACUCUCACCCCAACCCCGCCACUAGGGGGCAGCUACAGCAGGCGCCCCUCAGCUCCUCGCCCACCUACAUGGAAGAGUACAGCAAUCACUGGUACCAGCAGGGCUCGAACCUACAGCACCCGGCCUCCGUCCACCACACUCCGCCGACGCAAGCUAUGGGAGCGGUGUAUUAAAAAAAAAAAAAAAAAAGACUGCGGCCGUAAUUUAAAAUCGAGAAGAGACUGAAAACCAGCCAGCUCAUUUCUUCACCCUCAUUACGAUUUCAAUUCCGCGCCCCCUGCCCCUCCAUCACUUUAUCAGACGAACUCCGACAUAAGCUGACGUUAUCGGGAGUACCCACGAUGUACGAGUGUUUUUUUUCCCCUUCUUCUUUUUGUUCUGUUGCUUAAAGAAAUGACAGGAAAAAAAAACAUUCUUGAAAGGCCAGGAGAGACAUUACUGUAACCCAUACAACUUCACCCUUCAAGACAUCUUUUAUUUCCGAGCACACAUCUCCCCUGUCACUUCUCCGCUCUUGAAAAUGUAUUAUCUCCACAAAGUAUGGAACGCGGUUUUUAAAUUAUUGUUUUUUUUUUAUUGGCUUCUUUUCUUGGUAAGCAUUAAACCCAUCUUAGGUAUAAUUAAACCAAAAUGAAAAAAAUAAGAUAAUAGGUUCAAAAAACGACACAUUUAAAAGCAUUAAAAUAGAGAUGUAACCAUGUUUUGAAUCUCAGGUUAUUAUUUAUAUAUUUUGUACAAAAAAUAAAUGUCUAAGAUGUACAUAAAUUCAUUUGUUUUGUAUUAAAAAAACCACUAAAACCAUAUUGAUCUUGCAAUAAGAUUGCACUAUGGUACCCAAAGCCUUAAAACACAAAUGUAAGUAGCUGUAAUUAUUAUUAUUAUUAUAAUUAUUGUUAGUCUGUGGCAAGAAUGUUAAUAAAUAUGACUUAGAACUGAA